AUGUCAUUAUCGCCUUGUCGGUCGUCUGCACAUCGCCAGCCGCGAAUCGCGAAUCUCGUCGCCGCCGUCCGAAUUUCGCGCGCGCGUACGUGUGCUCGACGUGUGCGUGUGUGUUCCGAUUCCCCUGCGCAGGUAGCGGGGCACGCGCGCGCGCCGGCGUGUUCGCCUCCGGCAGUGUCCAUUUACCGGUCGCCGCCGUCGCGCAUGGCGCCCAACCCGUUCACGGCCCGGCUGGCCGCCCGGAUCGCCAUGUCGUACGGGCCCAGCGUCAGCUACAUAAUGCUCCUCCGCGUGGCCAUACUGUUCUUCCGGCCCGACAUCGAGGACAUCGAUCACCGGCUCGAGGACCGGCGGAUCGCCGAGAUCGGCGACAAGUACGAUUUCGUGGUGAUCGGCGGCGGUUCCGCGGGCUCCGUCAUGGCCAAUCGUCUGUCCGAGAACGCCAACUGGACGGUUCUAUUAAUAGAGGCUGGAAUCGACGAACCGGCAUUGUCAGAUAUACCGCUGCUAUAUCCUUCCCUCCAGCGUACGUCUGUUGACUGGCAGUAUAAAACAGAACCCAGUCAUUCGUCAUGCUUGGGCUUCAACGGGAACCAAUCUAGCUGGCCCCGGGGCAAAGUUAUCGGUGGCAGCAGUGUCCUGAACGCUAUGUUCUAUGUUAGGGGCAACCGGAAGGACUACGACGCAUGGCAAGACGCCGGAAACGAGGGCUGGAGCUACGAGGAUGUAUUGCCAUACUUCAUCAAGUCCCAGGACAUGAGGAUACCGGAGCUCGUGGAUUCGGAGUACCACGGUACAGGAGGAUACUUGAGCGUGGAGCACUUCCGGUCGCAAUCACCGAUCGUGGAAAGUUUUUUGGAAGCUGUCAAGGAGGUCGGUUACGACGAAGUCGAUAUAAACGGCCAGAGUCAGACAGGAUUCACGCGAUCUCAAGGAACUCUAAGAGACGGACUAAGGUGCAGUACGGCCAAAGCGUUUUUGAGGCCAAUCAAAAAUCGUCCAAACCUUCAUAUCAGCUUACACACGCAUGCCUUAAAAAUCGUAAUAGAAAACGGCCGUGCAACGGGUGUACUGAUAUCGAAACUUGGGACAAUACCGACGUUGGUGAGAGUCGAGAAAGAAGUAGUGCUCUCGGCGGGCGCAAUAAAUUCGCCACACCUGUUGAUGUUGUCCGGGAUAGGGCCUGCCGACAAGAUACGCAAAGCCGGCGUCAAAAUCACCAAACACAUACCCGGCGUGGGCCAGAACCUGCAAGAUCACAUCGCGAUGGGCGGAGUAACAUACCUAUUUGAUUCACCCGACGAAUCCAACCCCCUCGGCCUGGGGAUAGUGUUACCGAGGGUGUUGACGCUCAACUCGUUCAUCCAAUUCUUCCGCGACAAAAUGGGACCGCUCUACAGGAUACCGCUUGGCGAAGUCAUGGGUUUUGUAAACACACGCUAUAAUGAUGAUUUCGAUUGGCCGGACGUUCAGCUUUUCAUGGCAACGGCUGGGGACAACGACGACGGUGGUCUAUUGAACAAACGGGACGUUGGCAUCACCGACGAGUACUACGAGCAAGUUUUCGAACCCAUACUAUACCAAGACGCUUUUACGAUAGCGCCGUUGCUGCUGAGGCCGUACAGCCGAGGCUACAUUGAGAUCACAAGUUCCAACCCUUACGCUGCGCCGAAAAUCGUGCCAAAUUACUUCAGCGACCCGCGGGACAUCAAAACUAUGGUGGAGGGUGCCAAAAUCGGAUACGCCAUCAGCCGGACAGUGGCAAUGAGCAAGAUCAAUACCACUAUACACGACAUCCCUACGCCAGGGUGCGAGAGUUACGAGUUUUUGUCCGACGAAUACUGGGAAUGCCAGGCUCGUCAUUACACCAUGACCAUUUACCACCCGGUCGGCACGUGCAAGAUGGGUCCAGAGAACGACGAAUAUGCCGUGGUGGACGAACGGUUAAGGGUGAGAGGCAUCAAAGGUUUGAGGGUGGUAGACGCUUCUAUAAUGCCUACGAUUGUUAACGGCAACACCAACGCGCCAACAAUAAUGAUAGCGGAAAAGGCGUCUGACAUGAUCAAACAAGAUUGGGCCGGACACACGAAAAUACUUAAUACGCGAUAUGUCAAGAAGACAUUCAGGAGAUGGUGGUAAACCGUUAUCCGAGUACAUCUGAGUAUAGAGAUAAUCUGAUUGAUAGAUAUAUUUACAGAAAUGAAAUUUAAAUGACAAAGUUAUUAUCGAUAUUUAUAUUUUUUGUAUACCUAAUCACUAACCAAUUAUCGAUUAUUACCACUAAUAAUCGUAUUGUACCUACUAAUAUGGAUGGAAUUUAGUUUAUUCAGAUAUAAUAUUAAUUGUUGCGAGAAUAUAUUUUUCAAAUAUGAAAAUGUAUAUCGUACAUUAUUAUACAAAACGUACAACAAUAAUUGUAAAUCGAAUGUAAUUUGUAAUUGUUUACACUUUUAAUAAAUAUCAAUAUUUAUCUCAGAAACUGACGAGUA